GCCCAGGGUCAUGCAGAUAAUAAAUGUCUGAGGCUGAAUUUGAACUCAGGUUUUCAUGACUCCAGGCAGGGUGCCUCAUCCACUGUGCUACCGAGCUGGUAGUAGUAUCCACAGUCUGUGGAAGAAGCCAUUGAGGCUAGUAUUACAUUUGGUAAGGGAAAGAGUCUGAAUAAAAGUGGCUUUUUGGAAAGUUUAUAUUUUUAAAGUAAAGUUUAAUCAUUAACAUUUUUAAAAAGUGAGUUUAGUUAAGUUUUAACCCAUUCAGGGUGUGUGGGCCCACCCACUAAUGAAGAUUACCACGUAGGCCUGUUGGUAGGUUUGCAUGUGCAGAGGGGAGGUGACCUCAACACCUCUGAGCGUUAGUGGACAGCGUAUGGCUGUGGGAAAAAAGCUGUAUCGCCCAAUGUUCCUCCUCCUCACGGACCCUCCAGUGUGUGACAGAGUGGGUUUUCCUUCAGUGUUACACGAAUGAGUGAAACUCAUCACUGGCCCGUGUUUACAUCCAGGGUCUGCGACUGUCUCCAGAGGUCCUGAGUGACUGGUGAGACUCUGAUUUCUUGGCCCCUCCUGCUGCCUCCAGAGCCUCAAUUCUCAGGUGACGGCGGGUGCCCGAGCCCCAGGUGGAAGAUCCCAGGUAGAGUGAUCUUGCUUUUGAGCCCCCAGGCCCCAGCUGGACUGUGAAGUGAAGGGGGUGGAGCCUUUCCUACAUGAAGAGGAAUCCCACCAGGAGAUGCGCCUACCCGAGGUCUGAGUGCACAGCCUGAGACAGCACCUUCCGCGAGGAUCAGCCCCUCGCAGUGCCUGGGGGGCAGCAAAGGACUCCUGCCCGUCCUGCCUGGCAGGGAGGACUCAGCCAGGCCAGCACCAUGGAGGACUUGACCCUCCUGCUUGGGGAGAGAGCUCAGCCUCUCCAAGGCUUUGCCUUUCCCCCAGACAGGAGGACUGAGCACGGAAUGUCUUCUGGAUUCCUCCCAGCCAGGCUUCAGGAAUCAGUAACGUUCAAGGAUGUGGCCGUGAACUUCACCUGGGAGGAGUGGCGUUACCUGGAGCCUGCCCAGAGGGCCCUGUACAGGGACGUGAUGAUGGAGAACUAUGAGAACCUGGUCUCCCUUGGGCUUCCUGUUUCCAAACUGGAUGUGAUCUCCCUAUUAGAGAGAAAAGUACAAUGGAUGCCAGAAGGAGAAGUUUCCAGAGGCUCUCGUACAGGUAAGAACCUUUCUAAGUACAAGUUGAAGAAGCACUUCAGUUACCACUCAGAUCUAAUUAAAUUUUAUAAAAUACACGCUGGAGAAAAGUUACACGAACACAACGAAUGUGGAAAACCAUUUGGAAGAAGAUCAAAUGUUAUUGGACAUCAGAAAAUUCAUAUUGGAGAGAAACUCGAGUGUAAUAACUAUGCAAAAACCUUUAUCAAUAGAGGAAGCUUGAUUAAAAAGAAGAAAAUUGAGACUAGAAAAAAAUCCUUUGAAUGUGAUGAAUGUGGGAUAGGCUUCAGCUGGAGGUCAAACCUCAUUAGACAUCAGAGAACUCAUACUGGAGUAAAACCCUUUGAAUGUAAUGAAUGUGGAAAAACUUUCAGUGAGAGAGCAUCUGUUACUAGACAUCAAAGAACUCAUACUGGAGAGAAACCCUUUGAAUGUAAUGAAUGUGGGAAAGUCUUCAGCAGGAGGGAACAACUCAUUACUCAUGAGAGAACUCAUACUGGAGUGAAACCCUUUCUGUGCAAUGUAUGUGGGAAAGCCUUCAGAGAGAGCCAGGUACUCAAAGGCCAUCAGAGAACUCAUACUGGGGAGAAACCAUUUGAAUGUAAUGAAUGUGGGAAGGCUUUCAGUUGGAAAGGGCAUCUUAUUAUGCAUAAGAGGACACAUACUGGAGAGAAACCCUUUCAGUGUAAUGAAUGUGGGAGAGCCUUCUGUCAGAGAGGGUCCUUUAAUAGACAUCAGAGAACUCAUACUGGAGAAAAACCCUUUGAAUGUAAUGAAUGUGGAAAAGCCUUUAGUUUGAAAAGUGUUCUCAAAAUUCAUCAGAAAACUCACACAGCAGUUAAACCUUUUGAAUGUAAUGUAUGUGGGAAUGCCUUCAGUGACAGAAAUGUUCUCAAAAGCCAUCAGAAAACACAUUCUAGAGUGAAACCUUUUGAAUGUAAUGCAUGUGGGAUAGGCUUUCAGUGGAAGUCAAGCCUUGUUAUACAUCAGAGAACUCAUACUGGAGAGAAACCUUUUGUUUGUGACGAAUGUGGGAAAUGCUUUAGUCGGAAGGAGAAUCUUAUUAGACAUCAGAGAAUUCAUACGGGAGUGAAACCUUUUGAAUGUAAUGAAUGUGGGAAAAGUUUCAGUGAGAGUAUACACAUCACCCAUCAUAGAACUCGUACUGGAGAAAGACCCUUCGAAUGCAAUGAAUGUGGGAAAGGCUUUAGCCGAAAGGGAAGCCUUAUUAGACAUCAGAAAAUUCAUACUGGAUUGAAGCCCUUUGAAUGUAAUGAAUGUGGGAAAACCUUCAGUGAGAGGGCAUCCAUUAAUAGACAUCAAAGAACUCAUACUGGAGAGAAACCUUUUGAAUGUAAUGAAUGUGGGAAAGUCUUCAGCCGGAGAGAACAACUUAUUGCCCAUGAGAGAAUUCAUACUGGACUAAAACCCUUUCUGUGUAAUAUAUGUGGGAAAACCUUCAGUGAGAGCCAAGGGCUCAAAAGGCAUCAGAGAACUCAUACUGGAGAGAAACCAUUUGAAUGUAAUGAAUGUGGGAAAGCCUUCAGUUCAAGUAAUGUUCUCAAAAGCCAUCAGAGAAUUCAUACUGGUGAGAAACCUUUUGAAUGCAAUGAAUGUAAGAGGGCCUUCAGUUCAAGUAAUGGUCUCAAAAGCCAUCAGAGAACUCAUACAGGAGAGAAACCUUUUGAAUGCAAUGAAUGUGGGAGAGCCUUCAGUUCAAGUAAUGUUCUCAAAAGCCAUCAGAGAAUUCAUUCAUACAAGAGUGAGACCAUUUAAAUAUAGACAUAAGUGAAGGCCUUCAGUGAUAACAUUCUUAAAAGUCACCAGAGAACUCACACUGGAAAGAAACCCAUUGAAUGUGAUGAAUGUAGCAAAGGAUUCAGGUGGAGGGCAAACCUAAUUAGGUAUCAGAGAACCUUUUGUAAUAAAUGUGGGGAAGAUGUCAUUGAGAGUAGAUACACUGUAUAUCAGAAUUCACUGUUGAAAAAUUAAUAUGGGAAAGGCUUUUUUAGCUGGAGUGAAAGUCUUUUUAGGCAGAUAUCAAAGGACAUACUAUAAAGAGAAAUCCUUUGAAUGUAGGGAAUACUUUAGUACCAGGAGAACAAUUUAUAUAACAGCUAUUAAAAUGUGAAGGAAAAUUACCUUUAACAACUUCAGAAAUCGAUGUAAUGAUCAAUCAUCACUAUAGAAGAGAAAUAUUGAAACAUUCUUCCCACUGCUUAGCAGAGAAAUGAUGGACCUACUGCAGGGGUUUGGGCCCAGCACGGCAUACCGCCUAUUUUGUUAUGGCCUGAAACUCGAGAAUAGUUUUUAUAUUAUAAAGUUUUAUUGUGUUUUUAAAUGUAUUAACCAUUCUUAUCUGGACCUGUGCAGAAGCAGGUGGUGGGCCUUCCAAAGGCCAAAAUUUGCUGACUCCUGGAGUAAAGAUUCAGAAGUUUUCAGACAUGACUAGUGUUAAUUUAUUUUACUUAAUCAUAUUUAUUACAACAGAGAGCUUUUACCUUGCAUGAGAAAUGUUGCGGGGGAGGGCAUGGGUUGAUACUGAUAUAAAAAAAUAAAAGUUUCUAAAACAAACUACACAGAAUUAUACAUAAUGAAUUCUGACAAGGAUAGAUUUGUUACUAU